GGAGGGGACCCGGGGGAGCUGUGGCGGCGGCGAGCGGAGCUGGGAGGCGGCGGGGCCCGGCCGGUAGCGACAGUUAUGGAAGGAAAUGGAAAAACUUCUGCAUCAAGUCAUCUGAAAUUUCGCAUACCAAAGAAGAAACCAAACACAAAGUCAGAGGAUGUCCAUGUUCAGUCCCCUUUGUCAAGGCUCACAGACUCCCACCAAUGGGACUGCCCUUUACAAGAGUGGAAAUUAAGGGCAAGAAAUCAAGAGACUUAUCCACAGUGGAAAAGACAAAGGGACUUCGACAGACCCAGCUUAAUUGGCGAAGGACCAACAAUUGGGCAACCCAAAGUUAUGUUGACGAAUGUCCUGAGGACAGAAAUAGGAAGAAAAUACACACAGAGCCAGCUUAUAACUGAUGCUAAUUUAUCUGAUGUUGACAAGUUGCAAUCAGAUCGACCGCCCUCAUCAUCCGUUGCCAGCCUAGAGAUAUUGCAAAUAUUAAAUCCUCCUCUCCAAAGCCUUUUUAUAUCCAAAAGGCAACCUAAAGUUAUUUUGAAGAAUGUCCUGAGGAUGAAAAUUGGAAGAAAAUACAUAAAGAGACAGCUUAUAACAGAUGCUAAUUUAUCUGAUGCUGACAAGUUGCUAUCAGGUCAACCACCCUCAUCAUCUGUUGCCAACUUGCAGACAUGUCACAUAUUAAGUCCUCCUCACCAAUGCCCUUUUAUAUCUAAAAGGAAUGAAUGGCGCCAGAAGAAGACAGAUGACAGUCUUCUGAAAUUGUCUGAACCUUCUAAAGAAGCAGAAAGCAAUAAUGCUCUGUUUACUGUAAGAAGAUAUGCCCAGCAGAAGAAAGACUCAGGUUGGCCACCCCUGCUUUAGACCCUGCAGGUCGAAGCAUGAAGGCGCAUAUGAAUAUUUAGCGUAUCUGGCAUGUAAAUACCUUGAAAUGCUUGUUACAACCGUGCCA